CACAUCACUCAAAACUUAGUAUCAAACAUGAACAGAAAAAACGGUGACCAACUGAAAAUUUCAGCUGAAACAGGUGACAUAAAACUCCUCUAUGCAGUAAUUCAAGAUGAUCCAUCUAUUUUGGAAAACAUAGAUAAAAUCCAAUUUGUAGAUACUCCUAUGCAUAUCGCUGCAUCUAGGGGUCAUCUCGAGUUUGCCACUGAAAUUAUGAAUUUGAAACCUUCAUUUGCUACGAAGCUAAAUUUGCAAGGACACAGCCCCAUUCAUCUUGCUAUGGAUAACUUCCAAAGGGCAAUGGUGUCUAAGUUGGUUGGCAUCAAUAAAGAUCUUGUUAGAGUUAAAGGAAGAGAAGGCUUGACUCCACUUCAUUUUGCGUGUCAAAAUGGCGAGGUUGAUCUUUUGGCUAAAUUCCUCACUGCUUGUCCGGAUUCCAUUAAAGAUGUAACUGUGAGAGGUGAAUCUGCUUUGCAUAUUGCUGUUAAGAAUGAUCAGUAUGAGGCCCUUCAUGUACUUGUUGGCUGGCUCAAAGAAAAUUUUCGAAGAGGUGCUAGAAAGCUGCAAAAUAAAAUAUACAACCACAAAGACGAUGCAGGCAACACUGCUUUGCACAUUUCAGCCCUUACUAGUGAACCCAAGGUGCUACAAUUUCUGGUAAAAAAAACGGGGAUAAAAUUGAAUGCAAAGAAUUUGGAGAGCAAAACAGCAUUAGAUUUGGUAACAACUCCAGAGAAGAAGAAAAUAUUAAUUUGUGCUAAAGCAAAAUCUGGCUCAAAAAACACUAAGGCAGUAGUGACACUUGCAGAACAACUAAUAUUUCUGGCCACAAUCAUUGAUAUUCGAACUUGGAUGCGUAGAAUUAAAACUGAUAUAACAGAGGAGCAGCGUAACACUUGGUUGAUAGUUGCGACUCUUGUUGCAACUGUAACCUAUGAAUCGGCACUGAGUCCUCCGGGUGGAAUUUUCCAGGUUAGUGCAAGUGAUGACAACAACAUGAAAGUUACUAUUACAGAUGAUUUCUUUUCUACAAGAGGAAAUGCUGGGAAAUCGAUCUUGACAAAAGAUAGUUUCAUGCUGUUUUCAUUAAUGAAUAUGUUUUCCUUUUGCGUAUCAAUUAUAGCAAUAUUGGUUCUGACCCCAGGUGGAGCAGUAGCCCGCCUGGUGAUAGCUCCGGUCAGUUUGUUUCUUGGUUGCUUUCUAAUUGCUAUGCCGGCGAUAUCUCCUACACGUGAGAACACCACUAUUCUUUCCAUCCCUAUGUAUUCAAUUGUGCUUCUUAUGAUUGUUUAUUUAAUUUUUAUGACGUACGAUCCAUUGAAGAUAAUGAAAUUCAGAUACAAGAGCUCAAGAACUCAACCCGCGGCAGACCGAACCGCUGUACCCCGAGUUUCGACAAUAUAAUUUCAUUACAGAUUUGAAAUUUCCACUACAUUGUGAUUUGUGAACCGGUGUAUUAACUAUUUUAUCUGUAUCUCGAGUUUUAUUGAAUGUGUGUUUUCUUUUUCAUUUCAAUUUCAAUUGUGUGUACUAGUAUGGCACCCAUGUGUUCCACAAUAUAUU